CUGAAAUGGCUCCACUGACAUUGAUAUCGGCGCCACACAAUAUUCAAUUGGCAGCUUCCCCUCGUUCCACCAUUCUCCAAGACAUCGAACAUCCGUAGUACAUCCUAACGAGCAGCAUUGGGAUAAUGAGUGUGGAUAUUUGGGUUCGCAAGGGCCAUCCCAUCAUUUUUGGACUCCUCAUCGUCCUUGGCAUCGUCGAGCUUUCCAUUUCGGCAUCCUUGACGUCUCUGUACAACAAGCACCACAACUACCCCCGCGUUAAAGUUCGCGAUGCGACCCGUUUCAUUUUGUUCUCAUCCACUUGGACUGUCGUCUUUAGCUUGGCUUUCCUCGGAUUGUUCCUUCAUAGCGCGGAUGGUUCAGUUGCGACUUCCAUCAUCUCGCAUCUCAUAUUCUUCACCCUAACGUGGAUUUUCUGGAGUGCUGGGGUUGGUGCGAUCACAGAUGCUCUCAAUGGCGGAAACAACUGCUCGAAAAUCAAGUACAAUCUUCCGUAUUGCAAUCAGCUGAACGCACUUGAGGGAUUCGCUUGGGCCGAAUGGAUCGUUACUACUCUGGUUCUGCUCGUCAUCGUUGCUCUUGCCACUCGCUCCGUUCGCCGGGGGAUUGGAUACCGUGGUCCGCUUACGGUCUAAAGGAACCAAAGCUGCGCAUCAAGUUGUCGUGAUGUCUGACAGUAGUGUCUUGAACGACCAUUGACGAUUCGUCACGGUUGAUAGCAAAUUAUCGAAUGCCCCGUCUGUAAUAAUUCUUUUUUUUUUUGAUGU